UGAGCUGCUCGAUGCUCCGACCGGAAGUGCUCUUCACCGCCGACCUCCCACCCGGCUCUCUGGUCCCGGCGGUAAGAUGGCGGCUGCCGCGGAGUGCGAUGUGGUAAUGGCGGCGACCGAGCCAGAGCUGCUAGACGAUGAGGAGACGAAGAGAGAAGCAGAGUCUUUCAAGGAACAAGGAAAUGCCUACUAUGCCAAGAAAGAUUACAAUGAAGCUUAUAACUAUUAUACAAAAGCCAUAGAUAUGUGUCCUAAAAAUGCUAGCUAUUAUGGGAAUCGAGCCGCCACCUUGAUGAUGCUUGGAAAGUUCCGGGAAGCUCUCGUGGAUGCACAGCAGUCAGUGAGGUUGGAUGACAGUUUCGUCCGGGGACAUCUACGAGAAGGCAAAUGCCACCUAUCUCUAGGGAAUGCCAUGGCGGCAUGUCGUAGUUUCCAGAGAGCCUUAGAACUGGAUCAUAAAAAUGCUCAGGCCCAGCAGGAGUUCAAGAAUGCGAAUGCAGUCAUAGAAUAUGAGAAAAUAGCAGAAACGGAUUUUGAGAAGCGGGAUUUUCGGAAGGUGGUUUUUUGCAUGGACCGUGCCCUGGAAUACGCCCCUGCCUGCCAUCGCUUCAAAAUCCUCAAAGCAGAAUGUCUAGCAAUGCUGGGUCGUUACCCAGAAGCUCAGUCUGUGGCCAGUGACAUUUUACGAAUGGAUUCCACCAAUGCCGAUGCUCUGUAUGUACGAGGUCUUUGCCUUUAUUAUGAAGAUUGUAUUGAGAAGGCGGUUCAGUUUUUUGUACAGGCUCUCAGGAUGGCUCCUGACCAUGAGAAGGCCUGCGUUGCUUGCAGAAAUGCCAAAGCACUUAAAGCAAAGAAAGAAGAUGGGAAUAAAGCAUUUAAAGAAGGAAAUUACAAGCUAGCAUAUGAACUGUACACAGAAGCCCUGGGGAUAGACCCCAACAAUAUAAAAACAAAUGCUAAACUCUACUGUAAUCGGGGUACGGUUAAUUCCAAGCUUAGGAAACUAGAUGAUGCAAUAGAAGACUGCACAAAUGCAGUGAAGCUCGAUGACACGUAUAUAAAAGCCUACUUGAGAAGAGCUCAGUGUUACUUGGACACAGAACAGUAUGAAGAAGCAGUACGGGACUAUGAAAAAGUAUAUCAGACGGAGAAAACAAAAGAACACAAACAGCUCCUUAAAAAUGCACAGUUAGAACUGAAGAAGAGUAAGAGGAAAGAUUACUACAAGAUUCUUGGUGUAGACAAGAAUGCCUCUGAGGACGAGAUCAAGAAAGCCUACCGGAAGCGGGCCUUGAUGCACCAUCCAGAUCGGCACAGUGGAGCCAGUGCCGAAGUUCAGAAGGAGGAGGAGAAAAAGUUCAAGGAAGUCGGAGAAGCUUUUACCAUUCUCUCUGAUCCCAAGAAAAAGACUCGCUAUGACAGUGGACAAGACCUUGAUGAAGAGGGCAUGAAUAUGGGUGAUUUUGAUGCCAACAAUAUCUUCAAGGCAUUCUUUGGUGGUCCUGGGGGCUUCAGCUUUGAAGCUUCUGGUCCAGGGAAUUUCUUUUUUCAGUUUGGCUAAUGAAAGGACACCACCCGGAAUCCAGAAAAUGCAGACUUGCUCAGUUUAACCUCGAAUGUGGACACAAUUCACCUCCUCCCUUCAUCACGUCUCCACGUCCUUAGAGCAGUUUCGUUUUCUCAGUUGGAUACCCUGUGUCUGUGUGAGUGGGGUGAAGGAAAGGGAGCCAGCGCCGAAGACUGCGGGGAGGGGAGGGAGGCGGGGGGGCGGACAGGGCAGCUUGUGAAUUUUUGUUUUACUGUUUAACUUUAUUAAAAAAGAAAAAAAAAUUAAGAGAAUAAAAUGUUUUGACCCUU